AUGACAAAUUUUACACUGGAGAGAAACCCUAUGAGUGUAAGCAAUGUGGGAAAGCCUUUGUUUCUUUCACUUCCUUUCGAUAUCACGAAAGGACUCACACUGGAGAGAACCCCUAUGAGUGUAAGCAAUUUGGGAAAGCCUUCAGAUCUGUCAAAAAUCUUCGAUUUCAUAAAAGGACACACAUUGGAGAGAAACCCUGUGAAUGUAAGAAAUGUGGAAAAGCAUUCCAUAAUUUCUCUUCUUUGCAAAUACAUGAAAGGAUGCACAGAGGAGAGAAGCUCUGUGAAUGUAAGCAUUGUGGGAAAGCAUUCAUACCUGCCAAGAUCCUUUGAAUACAUGCAAGAACACACAAUGGAGAGAAACCCUAUGAAUGUAAAGAAUGCAGAAAAGCUUUCAGCUUGCCUUCUUCCUUUCAUAGACAUGAAAAGACUCACACUGGAAGGAAACACUAUGAAUGCAAGCAAUGUGGCAAAGCUUUCACUUCUUCCAGUUCUUUUCAAUUAUCAUGAAAGAACUCACACUAGGGAGAAACCCUAUCAAUGUGAGCAAUGUGCGAAAGCCUUUAUUUCUUCCACUUCUUUUCAAUAUCAUGAAAGGACUCACAUGGGAGAGAAACCCUAUGAGUGUAUGCCAAGUGGGAAAGCCUUCAUUUCUUCUAGUUCCCUUCGAUAUCAUGAAAGGACUCACACUGGAGAGAAGCCCUAUGAAUAUAAGCAAUGUGGGAAAGCCUUCAGAUCAGCCUCGCACCUUCAAAUGCAUGGAAGGACUCACACUGGAGAAAAACCCUAUGAAUGUAAGCAGUGUGGGAAAGCAUUCAGACCUGACAAGAUUCUUUGAAUACAGAUAAUGAAUGUAAACAAUUAACUGUUUAUAAUAACUGUAUACUAACAAAUGAUAUUCUUUUUAAAUAAGAAGCUAUAAUAAAAUAUCCCAUUGGUGUCAUGUAUUAGAUCAACCUUAUACCGUUAAAUUGUUAUUAUUUGGACAUUGUGAGUCAGUAUAACCAUGUGGAUAAAAUGCCAGACAUCUUUUUAUUCGAAAAUUUUACUUUUCAUGCUUAUGUACUUACAUUUUUAUCUCAACCUUAAUUUUUCUUUCUUUUUCUUUUUUUUCCCCCCCAGAAAGAAUCUCACUCUGUCACCCAGGCUGGAGUGCAGUGGGAUGAUCUCGGGUUGCUGCAACCUCUGCCUUCAGGGUUCAAGUGAUUCUCCUGCCUCAGUCUCCUGAGUAGCUGGGACUACUACAGGCAUGCACCACCAUGCCAGGCUAAUUUUUUGUAUUUUUUAGUAGAGACGGGGUUUCACCAUAUUGGCUAGGCUGGUCUCAAACUCCAGACCUCAUGAUUUGCCCACCUCGGCCUCCCAAAAUGCUGGGAUUACAAACAUGAACCAUCAUGCCCAGCUGCAACCCUAAUUUUUCAUUCAGUCAUAAUACCAAUAGUUAUCUCAUGUACCUCUGAGUGCCUUCUUCCCCAAAACCAGCAGUGCCAUACCUGCUGUCAGCAAGGGUGUAAUAUACCAUAGUGAUAAAUAUGACCAAAAGCCAUAAAUGACUGUGAGAUGUAUGAGAAUUACAAGUCACAUUAGUAAGAAGAGAAAAAUUUUGGUCAUGUUUAUGAUUUGAAAUAUGUUUUCCUCUAUCACAUUUAGAAAUAUAGUUACAAAAUGCCCUUGUUUUUGUCCUGAUUCAUCAUGGUCACUGAGGAGCAUCGUCUCAUAUGCCUGGUAUGUGACACGUGUCUCUCCAACAAUAAAAGACUUGGCCUUGGCUGGGCAUGGUGGCUCUCGCCUGUAAUCCCAGCACUUUGGGAGGCCGAGGUCAGGAGUUUGAGACCAUUCUGACCAGUAUGAUCAAACCCUGUCUCUACUAAAAAUACAAAAGUUAGCAGGGCAUGGUGGCAUGCUCCUGUAAUCCUAGCUAUUCAGGAGGCUGACAUAGGAGAAUUGCUUGAAUAUAGGAAGCAGAGGUUGCACCAUUGUACUCCAGCCUGGGCAACAAGAGUGAAACUCUGUCUCAAAAAACACAAAAAAGACUUGGCCUUAGGGCCGAGUGCGGUGGCUCACGCCUAUAAUCCCAGCACUUUGGGAGGCCGAGGCGGGCAGAUCCCUAGGUCAGGAGAUGGAGACCAUCCUGGCCAACACAGUGAAACCCAGUCUCUACUAAAAAAUACAAAAAAUUAGCGGGGCGUGGUCGCAGGCGCCUGCAGUCCCAGCUACUUGGGAGGGUGAGGCAGGAGAAUGGUGUGAACCUGGGAGGCGGAGCUUGCAGUGAGCUGAGAUCGCACCAUUGCACUCCAACCUGGACGACAGAGCAAGACUCCAUCUCAAAAAAAAAAAAAAAAAAAAAAAAAGACUUGGCCUUGUGGUGAGGGGAGGGCAUGUGUAAACUCCUGGACCUGUUUUUGCCUUACUUAUUCUCUAAAGACUAAAAUAUUUCCUAAAAUGUACGGGCACUGUUUACCAGAAAGUACCUUAGUUAAAACAUAUAAAUUUGUUUAUGCCUUAUAAAGCUAUAUUUUUUCAAAUUGCUUUACUGAGUCGUAGGAGGCUAAUAAAUUUGUGUAAAUUGUCUAAAUACAA